UCCUCUUUCUACCCAGUUGGUAUCGUCUGUUGCUGCUGUGUGUUUCUCCUCUUCCUGAAAAGACAACCUCAUUGAAACCGCUGAUGUCCCUGCAGAGAGCAACACAAAUUUAUUUUGAACACCUCUGAAGAUCUUCUCAGUCUGCACUUGCAUGGGGAUAAACCAUCGGUUCACAGAUUAAACCAAGUGCGCUCCGUUUCAGAACACUGUCCUCUUAAAUGCUGCUCAGCCUCUUCCUCUGCAAAUGGCUUGCUGUCUGAAGGACGAGCUCCUCUGUUCCAUCUGCCUCAGCAUCUAUCAGGACCCUGUCAGCUUUGGCUGCGAGCACUACUUCUGCAGGAAGUGCAUCACGGAGCACUGGAGCAGGCAGGAGCCACACGGGACGCGGGACUGCCCAGAGUGCCGCAGGACCUUCGCUGAUCCUCUCUUGUCUCCAAGCCUCAAGCUGUCCAACAUUGUGGAGCGGUACUCGGCCUUCCCGCUAGACGCAAUCCUGAAUGCGCAGAGGAGCUCCUAUCCCUGCAAGGACCACGAGAAAGUCAAGCUCUUCUGCCUAACGGACAAAAGCCUGGUUUGCUUCUUCUGUGAUGAGCCAGCGCUGCAUGAGCAGCACCAGGUUACCACCAUUGACGAGGCGUUCGAGGAGAUUCAGAGAGAGAUGAAGGACCAGCUGGCUUCGCUGCAGGACAGUGAGAAGGGACACACCGAGGCCCUCCAUCUCCUACAGAGACAGCUUACAGAGACCAAGUCUUCAGCCAAAAGUCUUCGUGCAACCAUUGGUGACGCAUUUGAGCGGCUUCACCGUUUCCUCAGAGAGCGCCAGAAGAGCAUGCUGGAGGAGCUGGAGAUGGACACGGCCCGUAAGCUGACUGACAUCGAGCACAAGAUCCAGUGCUACAGCCAGCAGCUGCGCGACGUCAAGGAGGGCAUCCAGAUCCUGCAGGAGCGCCUCAGUGAGACGGGCCGCCAUGACUUCCUGGAGGGGGUGUCCAUCACAUCAGAGAGGGUUAAAGGGAAGAUACAUGAGACCAAUCUGACAUAUGAGGACUUCCCAACUUCCAAGUACAUGGGUCCCCUACAGUACACUAUAUGGAAAUCACUCUUCCAGGACAUUUCACCAGUGCCUGCAGCCUUGACCCUUGACCCCAUCACGGCUCACCAAAGACUGAUCCUCUCAGACGACUGCACCAUCGUGGCCUAUGGGAACCUCCACCCACAGCCUCUGCAGGACUCCAUCAGGCGCUUCGAUGUGGAGGUGUCCGUCCUUGGAGCCGAGGGCUUCAUGUCGGGCGUCCAUUACUGGGAGGUGAUGGUGUCCGAGAAGACGCAGUGGAUGAUCGGCGUCGCCAACGAGACCGUGAGCCGGAAGGGCAGCAUCCAGAUCCAGCCGAGUCGUGGCUUCUAUUGCAUCGUCAUGCACGACGGCAACCAGUACAGCGCCUGCACUGAGCCCUGGACCCGCCUUAAUGUCAAGAGCAAGCUGGAGAAGGUGGGGGUGUUCCUGGAUUACCCCAAAGGCCUGCUGAUCUUCUACAACGCGGACGACAUGUCCUGGCUCUACACAUACCGGGAGAAAUUCACCUCCAAGGUCUUUCCUUAUUUCAGCCCCGGCCAGAGCCAUGCUAACGGGAAGAACGUGCAGCCGCUGCGGAUCAACACGGUGCGCCUUUAAGAGCAACUCGCAGUUGUUGUAGACGACCAAAUGAUAAAUCAAUUAUAGGAGACAGGAAAAAAAAGGAUAUAUUUAAAAAUGUUUAAUCGGGUGUUUAAAUAGUUCCCUUGAUUUCUGUCAAGAGUCAUGCUUACAUUACUCUAAGAAAUGUUUAUUUUUAAAAAACCUUAAAGUCAUCGUUUGCACUUGGACCUAAUUUAGCAUCUUUUUAGUAACUGAUGACACUUCAAGAGACAAAGAACAUUCCUCUUUGAUUACUUGUCCGAGGCUCACCCUGCACACUCCCAGGUGGCCCCGCUCUCACUGCAAACUCAUAUCUAACCUGUCACCUGUUUGUCUGCAAACAAGUGCACAGUGAAGUUCUACAACUGGCUUCACUUCCUGUGCAGGAUGUGAUUGACACCACUCCUGUCACCUUUUGUUCCUCCAUUUUUUCCAGACUGGUUCUCUAAUGUCAAGUGUGUUGGUAUCAUGGGGUUAUUACUGUUUUAUAAUCACGUUUAUAAGUUAAUAUGUUGAUUUUGGCUUAAAAGAGCCUUACUUAAAAAAAAAAAAUGGCAUCAAUUUAUGUCUUAGACCUAUAAGUUUCUUUCUCUGGUCACUUUCUGUACAGUCUGUCUUUGUGAAGAAAACCUGUGUGUUCUGUCCACUUUAUUUCUAAAUACUUCAGUGGGUGAAAUAGCUCUUGGAGCAGUGCCUUGCAAAAGUAUUCGCACUUAUACAUUUUUCAUAUUUUCAACACAAUGUAAACACAGACUUAUAGAGGGA